AUGAACGCUGACAAGAUACCCCUUGUUGUCGAAUCGUCCUUGACCAAUGGAGGCGAACGAACCGUUAUCGACUCCGACCUAGCUCCUGGCGCCAGUGCUCCAUCGCAUUAUCACACCGACUUCACCGAGACAUUCACUCUGGUCAGCGGCUCAAUGACCGUUUGGACUUCAGAAGAUUUGGACGAGGCCAACUUCAGACCAAUCGAGCUCGAGGUGGGAAAGGCGGUCCCAGUUCCUCCAAACACGCUGCAUAAAUUUCUGGUCAACGAACAGUCCCGCGUCCACGUUGUCAUGAGUCCCGGCACCUUAGGUUUCGAGAGAACGAUUCUCAUCAUGCGCGGCACACAGGCAGAUGGCACGUAUACUCAGUUCAGCUCACCGGAGACCGAGAGUGGUGCAACAUUCUAUUGCGUACUUGGAGACCUCACCAACACCAUUUUUGUUGGAGAGGCAAAGGCGCACCUUGACGCGUUACUCGCCGCGAAAGGUACAGAGGUCGAGUCUAUAAAGCAGGAACUGAUUAGCAAAUAUGCGUCUGAUGAGCAUUUGAAAAAGGCUGCAGGAAUUUGA